AUGGUCGCUAGUGGACUCCGCAUCGUCGACGAGCUUCCCGAGAGCCAAGCCACAGCCAAAGCAUGGGUUCAAGAAGCUCAGCAUGACCUCCUUCGGCACAUCGGCAAACAGUCAAUCUCGCAACUUCAGGCCCUUGUCGUCAUUAUCCGUUUCCAUUAUGUGGUGGGCGAGGUGUCCGAUGCCUGGAACUUGCUCUCUCUAGCUGCUCGACUCAUUUUCACGAUGCGUCUCAACUGGGAAGAUGACGGCCUUGAUGCAGUCACCCAGGAGACUCAGCGCCGACUCGCCUGGGCUAUUUACCUCAUUGAUCGGCAGUUCUCCGGAGGCAUCGAAGACCUCGCAGUAUGUGCCGUGGAGCGGAUGCAUAUUCGGUUGCCGUGUGAUGACCAUAGCUUCCGACGGGGAAUGAAGUCUAAAGCAGAGUAUUUGCACGACAUGGCUCGUUGCAAGAGUGGUGACAUGGACAUUCUCUCUUACAAUGUCCGCUUGGUAGCUUCUAGGGACCGUAUUCUGAGGUAA